CAUAGUUGGGUCCACACUGUCUUUAUGAGUCUCUAAACACAGCAGCAGGAAGGCAAGUAGCAAAGAAGCGGGUAGAAAGUUGGAAAAAAAGGGCAGGAAGAGAAGUAGAUGAAACAAAGCAGAUUUUUCCAGUUGAUAUACAUGUAGUCAGCAAGUUUGCUAUGUAAGGCACUCACCUGUCCCAGGCAAGAUUUUGGAAUGAUUUACCUUUUACCUGUGACAUGAUUCAAGGGCUUGUGCAUGAAAGCUAACAUGAAAGCUCAUUGAUUUUAAAUUUCCAUCACUAUAGAAGAGCUGAAAUGGUUUUGAGUUUGAAUAACUUUUAUUGCAUAAAAAUGCCUCCUUUCCUAAUCUAUUUAUAUUCAUGCUUGUUUUGUGCUCCAAGUUGCAUCUGAGAAUCUGUUUAUCUCUUGAUGUUCAUUUUCCUAAGAGGGUUAUAAAUAGCUUUGUAGUUUUACAAUGUGCCCUUGUGCCUUGUAUCCCUAUGUAAGAAACCCAGGCCCGACAAUGCUGAGAGCAAACUGCUAAAUGCAAUUACUCAUUGUUGGUAAUACAGUCACCAACAGCACAUUAUAAUGAAAGCAACAGCACAGAAUUUUUAAAUAUUAACUUUAAGGAAUCCUUUCUUUUUUUUCUUUGUGUGUGUGUGUGUGCGCUUUAUUUUCUAGGUAAAAGACCUCACGAGUGUGGAAUCUGUAAGAAAGCCUUCAAACACAAACACCAUUUGAUUGAACACAUGCGACUGCAUUCUGGGGAGAAACCCUACCAAUGUGACAAAUGCGGAAAGCGCUUUUCACACUCGGGGUCAUACUCUCAACACAUGAAUCAUCGCUACUCCUAUUGCAAAAGAGAGGCAGAGGAGCGUGACAGCACGGAGCAGGAGGAGGUGGGACAGGAGGUGCUCAGCAGCGAGCACACUGGUGCCAGGGCAUCGCCAUCGCAGAUCGACUCCGAUGAGAGAGAGAGUCUAACCAGGGAAGAAGAGGAAGAUAGUGAAAAAGAGGAAGAGGAGGAGGAGGAAAAGGAGGUAGAAGGACUUCAGGAAGAAAAAGAAUGUAGAAAACUACAAGAUGUAGAGGAGGAAGAAGUAGAAGAAGAAGAAGAAGAAGAGGAAGGGAAAACUGAAGGUAACAAGAACGAUGAUGUUGUAACUCAAGCAAGCAAUGCAGAGCCAGAAGUUAUACAGAGCAAUGGGCAAGUGUCAGAAGAAAAAACAAAUAAAGCUUAAAUGAUAGUUUUUUCUAUAUGGAAAAAAAUAAAUCGGUAAUGAAGAUCGUUCUAUAUUAUACAUGCUUUUCAUGGAAACACGGUAGCCUGCAUACUGUGAUUUCUGUUCACUACUGUGUAAAAAAAUAUAUAUAUAAAAAAAGAAAAAAGAAAAAAAAAAAAGAAAUCCAGGUGUGCCUGAACCUCAAACUUAGUAAUUUUUCACACAGUUUUCAAAGUUAGGAACAAGUUUGUAACAUGAAGCAGAUUAGAAAAAUACAGUGACUCUGGAAGCAAAGGUUUAACAGGUUGUAGGAAACCUGAUUUAUUAGACAAGCAUCUGGCAUUGUUUGUUUUAUCAGUAUUAAUUUUCAUUCUUACGUUGAUUAAUUUUUAAGCUGUACAAUUGGGAGAGAUUUAUAUGAUUUUUUUUGUUUUGUUUUGUUUUGUUUUGUUUUUUUAAUGGCAAAGCAUUUCCUAAAUCCGCUUCAGUAUUUUAUUAUGUUUUUAAAAUGUGAGAACUUCUGCACUACAGAAUUCCCUUUUGCAGAAACCUCUAACAGUGCUUGGCUACCUUUGUAAAUUCAACCUAGAAGGUAGCGGUUAUAACAUUAGAUGUUGUAGUAGAGCAUAUUAUCAUUUAAAGUGUAUUGUUAGCCUUAAGAAAGCAGAUGAUAGAAGAACUAAAGUUUCUUACUCAUGUGGUUAAAAAUGUAGUUGAAAAGAUUGUUGUUGAGUUCUGAUUGCAGGGACUAACAGUGUUGAUACCGGUAAGGACAGCCAAGUCGUCAAAAUCAGUGUUUGUAAUUGUGUUUUGAGUAUGUAGUAACAAUAUGAAGGAUAUGAUAUGAAGCUUUGUAUCUCCUUUGGCCUUAUGCAAGACCUGUGUGCUGUAAGUGCCAUUUAUCAGUAUUACAAAGGCUCUCACCAGCCUUUCUCCAAUGCGUGGCCUACAAUAACUAGCAUUUGUUGAUUUGUAUCAAACUUCUAAUCUAAUCAUGGGGGAAAAAACACUCAGCCAUCAGAGAAGUAAGAACACUGGUAUCUUUCAUUAUUUAAUUAUUUGGUGGUAUUUUUGGUUAAUACCUGACUUGCAGAAUUUCUCUACGAUAAUUACAAGGGAAAUUUUCUAAUCUGCUUUAUUGCUUUAUCGGUUUACUUUAAUUUCAGACACAUACAUGACAUGUUAUCUGGCUCAUAAGUAUUUUCAAAUGUUAGUUAUUAUGGACCCCAUUUAUUAACAAUGUUAGCUGAUUUUUACCUAUCAGUAUUAUUUUAUUUCUUUUAGUUUAUAGAUCUGUGCAACAUUUUGUACUGUAUGUCUCCAAACCUGGCAGUAUUAAUACCCUUCUUACUGACAUAUGUACCUUUUUAGUUUUAGAAAACUUUUAUAUUUAUGUGUCUUAUUUUUAUAUUUCUUUAUUUAUUACACAGUGUAGUGUAUAAUACUGUAGUUUGUAUUAAUACAAUAAUAUAUUUUAGUAUGAAAAUUUGGAAAGUUGAUAAGAUUUAAAGUAGAGAUGCAAUCGGUUCUCUUGCAUUGAGAUUUGAUUUAACAGUGUUAUGUUAACAUUUAUACUUGCCUUGGACUGUAGAACAGAUGAAUUAAAAUGGGAAUGUAUUAAUUUUACAAUUGCAAUCAAUUCAUUUUACCUUUACCCAGUUUUUAAUAUAAAGCUCUUAAAUUUUGAAAUUCACUGUGUGACUAAUAGCAUGAUGCUCUGCAGUUUUAUUAAGAGAUUAGCCUAACCAUAAAACUCUCAUUUCCUUAGUAAGCCAAAUUAGAAUAAUCUUAUAAACAGUGUUGGGAACAACGUUUAACAUUUUUGUGCCAAUUUGUUCCUGUAUUCAUGUAUGUAUGUUACAAACCUGAAACUUCAUUUUUAAGUUCCUUGUUACAUCAUGGUCAUUUUCUAGUUUUUUACCAGACUCCCCAUCUCACAAUAAAAUGCGUCAACAAGUCUGA